AAACUACCUAGGGAUUUAGACUAACAAAUCGACACGGCAUGAAGAGAAGUGGCUCCUGUUUGACUGGGACAUCAUGACGGAAGCGUCUGUUCACGCCGAAGGCGAUGUACAGCAAAGUCGCAUAUCCGACGUCAUUCGAGCGUCUGCAGAACACGAUCUAAAAGUUCUGGAAAAAUAUAUCGACGAAUAUUCUUUUCCAGAGUGCAAAGUUGUUGAUGUCCAGGAUGUUGCGACAGGAUACACGCCGCUUCAUGCUGCCAUCGCUUCUUGCAGACCGACAGAUUCUGGACAUGAGCCUGAGUCCUCGGCCAAGCUGGAUGCCGCUGCGGCGACUCUCAGAUUCAUGUUAGAGAAUGGAGCAAUCUGGAAUCAACUCGACAAGAACGAUGAAACGCCCGGUUGCAUUGCAUACCGCUUGUCUCUAUCGGAUCUCUACCAAAUUAUGGUCGAUGCUGGAGUGCGUGCCGAGAUGAUACUGAACCGGUUGGAAGAAUACGACAGAAUGGAGGACGAGGACGAAGAUGAGAACGAGAACGAGACCCAGAACGACAGCGAGAACAAAGGCGGCACGAAUGGUGAAAGCGCACAUCAGGAACCAGCCUCAACAGCACAACCAGAAGUGAAUGGUUCGGCAUAUCUGUCUUCUGCCCUCUCAUUGAGUGGCGACAAGCUCUUAGACGAACAGCAGAAUGGGGUGAUGAUGGUGUGGGAGAGUGGAAUCAUGCAAAAGUCUGCAGAUGCCCUGUUGUAUGAUCCAGGCCUGCGAAUCUUGAAUAUCGGCUUCGGAAUGGGCAUAAUUGACUCUCACAUCCAAACCCACUCAAAACGACCCGCCGGGCACCAUAUCGUCGAGGCGCAUCCCGACGUCCUCGAGAAAAUGAAGAAAGAUGGCUGGAUGGAUAAAGCUGGUGUCGUUGUGCACAGCGGGAAGUGGCAGGAAGUUCUUCCUCGACUGGCUGCAGAGGGUGAAAUGUUCGAUGCAAUUUAUUUCGACACGUUCGCCGAGUCUUAUUCGGAGUUCCGUCAAUUCUUUUCCGAACAAGUACUGUCGCUACUCGAGGAAAGUGGGCGAUGGUCCUUUUUCAAUGGCAUGGGCGCGGACAGGCAAAUCAGCUACGACGUCUACCAAACGGUGGUUGAGAUGGAUCUGUUUGAGGCCGGAUUUAACGUCGAGUGGAAAGACGUUGAGCUUCCUAAAUUGGAUCAGGAAUGGGAUGGUGUGCGACGCAAGUACUGGGACGUCGACCACUAUCGCCUCCCUGUGUGCAGAUUCAUGGAUUGAGUCUUGCCGCCAAUAUGCCUGUUUGACAUUAUCAGAGAAUCGAGCUUCAGCAGAUCCAGCUGAACGAGGCCAACUCCAAUACCAAGGACUGGCUUCGGUACAAUUUGGCCGAAGUACGAAAUUGAGUGAGCCAGAUCGGACCCGACCCUUCAGGAACCGCGCAUGGAGAUUCGGCCAUCAGUCCGAGGUAGCCUUGACGACUCGCUACGAGGAGAUCUUUAGGAUCAGUCCACCAAGGGUGCGGAUACUUCGUUGGCAAGCGUUGUAUGCUCGGAACAUGUUCCGCCGAGUUGCAGUGCACUUCGAGACUUGCCCCCGCAUUGAUCCCAUUCCUCCUCCAUGUUUUGCGUACUCACUCGCAUGCUCCUCAACUCCACACUUCAGCGAUUCGAGGAACCUCAAAGGUUAUGGAGCUCGUAAUCGAGCCCUCGAGCAAUGGAAUUCCGCGUGUCCGGAGAGGG